UCCCCUCCCUGUGGUGCGGCCGGCGCUCGUUGCGUCCCCGACGCUGACAGCUGCCGGCUCGGCGUUGCGCGUCUUACGCGCUCCUCGUCCUCCCUUCGCCGCCAGCGCGCCCAGCCGAGCCGGCGACGCGGCUCCGUAGGCAGGCCGGGCGGGGAAGCGCUCCGCCUCCGCCCGCCGCCCGCCGCGGGGAUGUGUGAUUGCCAUGGCGAGGCGGCUCUUCGCGGGGGCCUGGCUCAGGAAGCCCCACCACGCGCAGGUACGUUUCUCUUAUAUGCGGAUGAAGUAUCUCUUCAUCUCUUGGUUAGUGGUGUUUAUUGGCAGCUGGGUCAUGUAUGUCCAGUACUCUACCUACACAGAACUAUGCAGAGGACAUGACUGUAGGAAAAUAAUAUGUGAUAAAUAUAAGACUGGAGUUAUUGAUGGAUCAGCAUGUAGUAGUCUUUGUGGAAAAGAGACAUUGUAUUUUGGAAAAUGUUUGUCAACAAAGCCCAGUAACCAGAUGUAUUUAGGAAUUUGGGGAAAUCUGCAAGGGGUUAUAAAAUGCCAGAUGGAAGAAGCUGCUCAGCUUGAUUUUGGUACUGAUCCAGAACCAAGGAAAGAAAUAAUCCUAUUUGAUAAACCAACAAGAGGAACCACUGUAGAGAAAUUCAAGGAAAUGGUUUACGGUUUCUUUAAAGCAAAGUUGGGUGAACAAGGAAAUCUUUCAGAACUGGUUAACAUCAUUCUAUCUUUUGCUGAUGGAAACAAAGAUGGUAGAGUUUCUUUGCCUGAGGCAAAGUCUGCAUGGGCACUUCUGCAGCUUGAUGAGUUUAUGUUAAUGGUGAUGUUGCAGGAUAAAGAGCAUACUCCCAAGCUGAUGGGUUUUUGUGGGGAUCUCUAUGUGAUCGAAAGAGUUGAAUAUACCUCUCUCUAUGGAAUCAGCCUUCCAUGGAUCAUAGAACUUCUAAUUCCUUCUGGAUUCAGGAGAAGCAUGGACCAGUGGUUUACUCCAUCGUGGCCAAGGAAGGCAAAAAUAGCUAUUGGACUUUUAGAAUUUGUGGAAGAUAUUUUUCAUGGACCUUAUGGUAACUUUCUUAUGUGUGAUACAAGUGCCAAAAACUUGGGAUAUAAUGAUAAAUAUGAUUUGAAAAUGAUGGACAUGAGAAAAAUUGUGCCAGAAAUGAAUUUAAAGGAAAUGAUUAAAGAUCGCCCGUGUGAAUCAGAUAUGGACUGUGUUUAUGGUACAGACUGUAGGACUCUAUGUGACCAAAGUACAAUGCGGUGUACCACAGAGGUUAUUCAGCCAAACUUGGCAAAAGUGUGUCAGCUACUCAAAGACUAUCUGCUUCGUGGUGCACCUUCAGAUAUCCACGAAGAACUAGAAAAACAACUGUAUUUGUGUAUUGCCCUUAAAGUCUCAGCAAACCAGAUGGAAAUGGAACAUUCUUUAAUACUGAAUAACUUAAAAACAUUACUAUGGAAGAAAAUUUCCCACACAACUGAUUCUUAGUUUCUCCACCAGCAGAAGAUACUGUCUGCCACUCGGGGUGGCCUACCAUGUUUGAUAAAAAUGAUCUGCAGCAUUUUGUAAAAACGUGUUCUCAGAUUUCAUGAAUGGCUCUUCAACUCUUCCCUUCAGUCAGUUCCUUGUUACAGGGCUUCUGAAAGGAUGAACUUACCACCAAGCGAUCCGGCAGAAGCCAAUAGCACUCAUGGUGUUCCAGUGCACUGCUGGGAAACAAAAACAAUCCUGCAUGCUUGACUGUUCUGUGCACUUUGUUGGAGCUUGAACAGGAUGCCAUCACAUCAAGUAAUACAACGUCUUAAAAUUCUGUGAAAAUUGUUGCUCACUUGUGAAAUACCUGCAAAAGAUUUUUAUGAGGAACCACCGCUAUUGCAAAUAUGGUGGCUGAGUCCAAGUUGCUGUUAUGAAUAAAAUGAACUGAGAUUGAAGUUUACUAAUACCUUGGCAUGGCAGAAUUUGCACAUCAAUAAUUUUUAAACUGUGGAAAAAAUUAAAAUUUUAUUCUGGAAAUGA